AUGCGUCGUUGGAUAAACCUGGCCCUGGCCGCCCGUAUGAGGUAUCCAAAGAGUCCCAUGACACACACCCCUCAUGGGACAGACAUUAACCAGCCAUUAUCAAGAGCCUCUCAAAUGGCAGAAACUAUUCGCUCCAUGAGCACCGAAUCUAGAGCCACAACUUCGUCUACCAGCAACUGGAGACCGUUACAAUCUCAGUACUAUCGCCUUCCCAGAGUGCCCCGGCCCAAGAGAAACGUGCUAUACUAUUCUACAUGGUCCAAACCACAGCGCAAAUUGAGGCUUCCACACUUGAAGUUAUCGCAUCGACUGAUCCACAGUGCCAACCAGAAAAUCAGAUCCAAGACCCGCAACUUGCACAAGAGGUUCUUCUCCAAAGAGGCUCGUGCCAAGCGUAGACAGCGGAGACAUUUCAUUAGAUGGUGGACGUUGACGUCGCUUACGGUUGUCGUGGGAGGAAUGGCCGCUAAAAUGAAGUACGAGCGAGGAGAACAAGACCCUAAUGGCUUCAAUGAAUACGCCAUCAAGCCCCAGUCGUGGCAGUUAUAUGCUUAUUCGACUCUACCACUCAAAGCCAUAUCUAGAUUGUGGGGUAAGGUAAACCUGAUUAACUUACCUGUGUGGAUGAGAUCUCCGUCAUACAAGCUCUACUCCGCCAUAUUUGGUGUCAAUCUUGAUGAAAUAGAAGAGCCGGAUUUAACCACCUACAAAAAUCUAUCUGACUUCUUUUAUAGGACACUUCGUCCUGGUGUUCGUCCCAUUGCCGAUGCAGAUCUAGUGGCUCCAUCGGACGGAAAGGUAUUGAAGUUUGGCAUCAUCAAUAACGGCGAGAUAGAACAGGUCAAAGGAAUGACCUACUCCAUUGACGCUCUUCUCGGAAUGAGCAGUACCAACCUCGCAGCUCCGUCGCAUUCACCAGAUUUUAGCCGCGAUGACGACGAUGCCACGAUCUUCCAACGAGACGAAGAGUUCGCCAAGAUCAAUGGUAUUUCGUACUCGGUGGACGAUUUGGUCGGCGGCGAAAACGACGACACCUACCAUAUCAACAAGUUGGAGUAUCGUGAUGGAGGCGAUGGAACUGCAAUGGGCUCCAAGUCCUCUGUUAGUCAAGAAAUUUCUGUCGCCAAAAAGUUGGUCCCAUCGUCAGUAGAUAACUUGAAGGCAAGCAACGACAAGCAGUUGUACUUUGCAGUGAUAUACUUGGCCCCAGGUGAUUAUCACAGGUUCCACUCCCCAACUAACUGGGUUGCAACCUUGAGAAGGCACUUUAUUGGCGAACUCUUUUCGGUGGCUCCAUUCUUCCAAAGGACCCUCAGAGGGCUCUUCGUAUUGAACGAACGGGUGGCUCUUUUAGGCUACUGGAAAUACGGCUUCUUCUCGAUGAUCCCAGUAGGUGCUACAAACGUGGGAAGUAUCAUUGUCAACUUUGACAAAGAUUUAAAAACCAACGAUAUUUACGAAAACCUGAUUUACCUGUCAAGUGUGGAUGAAAAGACCCCUCUCUUGCAUUCAGAUGAAGAGAGUCAGGUUGGUACCGUCUACUCUGAGGAGUCAACUCAAGCGAGCUCAUCAGCUGCCUCAACCAACAAAACCAAGCCAAAAAAGCUCAAGAAAAAUACAGUUUAUGAAGCCACAUAUUCCCGUGCCAGUAGGCUCCUCGGCGGCUACCCUCUAGUCAAGGGACAGGAAAUAGGAGGAUUCAAAUUGGGUUCUACAGUGGUGUUAGUAUUCGAAGCACCCACCAACUUUCAAUUUAAUCUUGAAGUUGGCCAACAGGUCCGGAUGGGACAGAAGUUGGGAGAAAUACUUGAUGAAGUCGACUGA